GUUGCAUAGAGCAGCACUCGAUGGGUACACACUGCACCACAUUCCAACAGAGCAGGCUCAUUUUUGCUUUCAUCUGGAAACUCACGCAUGAAAACGUCGCCAGUGUAGAUACCCAGACCAAGAUGCCUCAUAUCGUCGUCGACACAUUGGAUAUUGCGAUUGAGGCUGCUGCCACUGUGUCUCUCAUGCUCGGCUCAAUGGGUUUCGGCAUUGUAUUUGUGUUUCGCCGUCUUGACAAAGCAGCGUCGGCUACCAUUGGUGGGUCGCUCAUCGCAGCUAUCGUAAGCCGUAUUGUGAUAUAUUGCAUUAAGGAUACUGCUGUGGGGAUUAUCACCUGUGCUGUGACCUCAGCUAUUUGCAUUUUUGCAAGCAUCUAUGCUUACAUCGGGUUCAAUCCCUACAGCCGCCCUUCACUUGACACUGGCGUUGUUAUAACCAUCGUAUUCUCAGCAAUCGAACUCGCAAUCGUCUCAAUCGCGUGGUGGAAAAGACUCAAGAACGAAAAGAAUAUCAAGCACGAAAACUUAGUGGAGGACGGUGGAGCUGAUGGGUUUGAUGGACGCUAUGAAUGCCACCAAUCACCAGUUGCUAAUAACGACAAUAGCAAUGCAACUUCUCGUGAAACUCGCACCACGCGAAGCAAUGCUUCUCGAUAUAAUCGUGAGCGUCCGCGAAGUAAAGUGAACCUCUGGGAUGACGAUGUGAUAACAACAGCGAGAAUUCCAAAAGAGAAGAUUGAAGUGGAGAAUCUGAUCAGUCAAGGAGGGUAUGGCGAGGUUUACAAAGGCACUUUCAACGGACUUUCUGUGGCGGUUAAGAUGAUGUUACCAGCACACCGAAAGAGUGUUGCUCACGUCAACAACUUCUUAAUGGAAGUCAAACUAAUUGCCUCACUAGAUCACCCGCGCAUCGUGCAAUUUGUAGGUGUAGCAUGGGACUCUCUUAGUGAUGUUUGCGCCGUCAUCGAGUUCAUGGAUGGCGGAGAUUUGAGAGGGCUGCUUACAUCGUAUCAUAACCAACAUCAUCCCGUAGGCUUCAACUGUGCCAAAGUGAAGAUCGCUCUCCACAUUGCACAUGCACUCACGUAUCUGCACUCCUUAAGCCCAGUGGUAAUCCAUCGCGAUCUUAAGUCAAGGAAUAUUCUACUGACAACGGAUCUGGAUGCCAAGUUGACAGACUUUGGAGUCUCCCGCGAACGUGCAGACCACACAAUGACUGCUGGAGUGGGAACGUCCUUGUGGAUGGCACCGGAAGUACUUAUGGGAGAACGGUACGACGACAAGGCCGAUAUUUUCUCGUUCGGUGUAGUGUUGUCGGAGUUAGAUUUGCAGGUGCUACCUUACGCUCAUGCAACCGAAAGCGAUGGAUCAUGCCACCGGAUGCGUGACUUGGCGAUUCUCCAGCGGAUGGCAAUGGGGAAGUUGCGCGUCCAGUUUUCACGGAAUGCAUUGGCUUCGAUGGUGGAUGUGGGAGUUGCAUGCGUGUCGCUGGAUCCGAAAGACCGACCGACAGCAGCUGAAGUGCUGUACAGGUUGCAGACAAUUCAGCGUGAUGAGUUGCUAUCAGUUUGAGCAGAAUAUCAUGGUUUUGAGGUAUUUGGGUCAAGAUGCAAAGUUGAUAGCUGAUCAGUUGGCAAUUAGAUAGCACGACUAAGCGCAAUGCUGUAGCUUUUUUUCCCUUUCUUCUCGAACAUGCAUUACCAAUAAGAUACAUUGUCUAAAGUUGAUAAGUCAAUAAAUGAGAAUGAGCGAG